GGACAUUGGUAGAAGAGGAAGUGAUAACUGCUGCAUCCUACUUAGAGCGUUCAGCAACUUGCUGGUUAAAUGGAUUGGUUGCUUCAAAGGGUUUCGGCAGGAACAUGGGUGAUUGGGCGCAGGCCCACACCUUAGAAAGCUUUAUGGACUUAGUGGAAGCGCGUUGGCACAACCCUCAGCAGGCACAGAUUGCCACUGAUGGGCUACUGAAACUGGAUGCUAGGAAGUACAAGUCAGUGCGAGAGCUUACCACGACCGUAGAGCGCCUGGUCGUUGUCCCAGGAGUGGAGUACAAUCCAGAGGUCUUAUUGACCACUUUUAUGAGAUGUCUUCCCACAGACAUCAGGAACUUAUUAGCCAGCGAGGCUCGCAGAGAGUAUCACACAUUUGAGACAUUCAGCAAGAAGACUCUAGACUUAGAGGCUACGCUGGGUAGUGCUCAAACCCCUUCUGCGGACGGGAGAAAGAAGAAGACUCCACAAGAGUGGAAGAAGAAGGGUAGUCGAUUGAUGAUGGUUGAUUCCGAUGGGAAUCAAACUGAGAUCGAUGAUGUUCCUGAUCUUGUGGAGGGAACAGAGUUAGACGAUGAAGAGAGUGCUGAGGGUAGCAACCUCGCCGCGGUAGUGAAGACUAAGGCGGGAGGCCGUGGGAAGGGCGGUACAUUCCAGCACGCCAUGAAUAGGAUCUUCCAUGACUACUUAGAUAAGUUCGUUGUCGUGUACCUCGACGAUAUACUUAUCUUCAGUAAAACUGUCGAGGAGCAUUCUCAGCAUGUAGACAAAGUACUUUCACUCCUCCGGCAACACAAGUAUAAGAUAAACGUUGAGAAAUGUGAGUUCGGUCUCACUCGAAUCUUGUACUUGGGUCAUGAAGUAUCCGUGGACGGGAUUAGGCCCAAAGAUGCAAAGGUGGCUAGCAUUAGGGACUGGCCACAACCCCAGUAUGUGACUGAGGUCAGAUCAUUCUUGGGAAUGUGUGGUUAUUACCGCAACUUCGUGAAGAACUAUAGCACGAUCGCAUCUCCCUUGACUGAUCUAACUCGACUUGACACACCAUGGGACUGGACCGACGAGUAUGAGGCAGCUUUCAAACGGUUGAAGCAUGCUCUCACGCACCAUGAGGUUCUCAUGGUACCCGAUCCGCAAAGGUCAUUUAUUGUAACCACUGAUGCAAGCCAAUAUGGCAUUGCCGCAGUGUUGGCUCAGCAGGACGGGAAAAAGUUGAGACCGGUCGAGUACAUGAGCAAAAAGAUGCCAUCAAAGAAGUUGGCAAAGUCCACCUACGAGAGGGAACUCUAUGCUCUCUACAAGGCACUUGUCCACUGGAGGCACUAUCUGUUAGGAAGAGAUGUACGUUUCACAAGCGAGAUGUGGAAGAAGGCCAUUGAACAAAUGGGCAGCCAACUUCAGAUGACUUCUGGGAAUCAGCUCAAAGCAAAUGGGCAGGCUGAACAGAUGAACCGAGUGGUGCAGCAUGUGCUGAGGCAUUACAUCAAGCCUAGCCAAGAUGACUGGGAUGAGAAAUUACCUCUCAUCGCUAACCUGUACAAUAACGCUGUACACAACACCACCGGUGUCAGUCCUAAUCAACUGCAUCUGGGAUGGAAGCCUAGAUCUGCUCUAGACUUCCUCCUGCCUGAAAACCGAACUGCUGCAACUCCUGGAACCAUUGAAUUUGGCGUCCAGUAUGAGAAAUUGUUGCAGCAGACUGUCGAACACAUCAAGAAAUCUCARGAAGYYAUGAUUGCUUCUGAGAACAAACGUCGCCGACAGUCCACAUUUCAGGUAGGGGAACGUGUCUGGGUCAAGGCUAGUGAGUUGGGACAGGAGUUUGGCAUCUCUAGGAAACUAAUGCCUCAAUAUUUCAGUCCCUGGGAAGUCCUGGACAUUGUGGGGAAUGAUUUGGAUGGUCCCUCGUACGUCAUUCGUAUCCCUGGUCACUUACGCACUUACCCUGUUUUUCACGCCUCCAAGCUUGCACCUUUCGCUGAGACAGCACAGUUCCCAUCACGGAGAUCUAUGCUGCCCCCAACCAUGGACGGCCACGUGGACAUCGACGACAUUUUGGAUCACAGAGAUACGCCUGUUCCCAAGCCAACUGGCAGGGGAAGACCUCCAAAACCUGCAAGGGAGUACAAAGUUCAUUUCAGGCAUCACACGGAUCCGAAGGAAGAUCGAUGGAUUUCAAGGGAGGAACUUGUUAAGACAACUCCUCAGAUCGUGGCAGAUUAUGAGAAGAGACUAAAGGGGAAGGCUCCAACAUGAAGCAUCUCAACGAACUUUUGAAGCUAAGGGGGAUGGAAUGUGAGGAAUGAGCCCUCAAGGGGCCCUAUCAGACAUUGCAUGUUCUGGGCUAAGGCCCCAGCA